GAUUUCCAUACGCCCGAACGGAGGCGCGCACACACAUCACAGUAGGCCACCGGAGGCUUUACCGGGCGCGAGCUUUUAGAGACCGCGGUGCCAUCCCAAACCGCACACAGAGAGGCCGCGCUCCGGAGGAGACUGGUGCUGCUCCCGCGCUCACGCUUCCGACGAUCUCCGCUGCUUUUGCAUCUGGAGAACCACCGCCACAGUUGACGCGACAGCCCCACGUAGACAAGCGACUGUCGUGCCGGCUUACCCCCGAGACACCAUGGCGCGGGCGCCGGGCCGAAACGUGUUUCUUCUCCUCCUGGGAGCGUCAGCCGUGCUCAUCAGCACUGCCAAGACCGCUGCCGCGCAUAACAGCACUGCCGACGCGCUCACUACACUCGCUGCUGUCAUCGAUAUGGCCACGACAACACAAGCACCAGAGCUGAACAUGGUGGAUCGCAUGCGCAAGGCUGUUCGCGAGCGCCUGGACGCUUCUUACGACAGCAUGGCCGAGCAGUUUCUGAAGGCCAAAAUUUCACGGCAGUGCGCCUUCAAGUUGUUGAAGUUCGUCCACGCCUUGAGGAACUUCGAGCCAUGGACGCUGCGAAUGAUCGAUGCGUCGGGCAAGUACCCAACCGGCCUGUUCCAGGGAUCGCUGUCCGAUCUGGGCGCCUACGACCAGUGCAUCGAGACGGUAAUCCGGGACGAGUACGGGGGAGAGAAGGUGCGCGCCCAGUACUGCAACCUGUACAUCAAACUAGGAAAGGACAUGUCCUUCCUAGAACACGUGGAUGGAGCCCUACGCCUCUCACACAGGAGGACACCAACGUUUUCCAAGUUCCAGAACGACGACAUCGUACACGGUGUGAAAAUCGGUCUUUGCAUAGUCCACGAAUGCAAGCCAGAAGACAUUGAAGCCAUCGCUGGCGUCUUUAUCACCGGGGAUACCAAGGUCACGGUGGCGGACUGUGCCACGAACAUACCUCCCGAAAUCAGCACUGCGCAGGCGGCAAUCAUUGGCGUCCUAGGAGUGAUCGCAUUCCUCAUCGCAGCGAGCACAGCGAUAGACAUGUACCUGAACAAGACACGUGGAGAUGAAACAAGAGGAACGGCACUGAUAGCACUGUCGAGCUUCUCCCUGGUGGCCAACUCGAAGAUGCUGGUGAGGGUGACCGACGACAAGCAGUCGGACGCAUACAAGCUACGGUUCCUGCACGGAAUGCGCUUCUUCAGCAUCGGCUGGGUCGUCCUCGGUCACUCGUACAGCACUUUCAACUUCACCAACAUGUCUCGCCUUGUUAACGCUCUUCAUUACGGAGAUAACAUCUUGUUCUGUUUCAUCAUGGCCGGCUACCUCAGUGUGGACACUUUCUUGUUCCUCGCGGGUUAUCUAUUGACAUACAACUUGCUGAGGGAACGCUCUAACGCUCUCUUUGGUACUAUCAUCGCCGUUAUCAGAAGAUACAUCAGGGGAACCAUACCGAUUUUCUUUUGUAUUAUGUGCACAUUCAUUGCGCCGCUGAUGUUCCAAGGUCCCACUACGCCGACGCUGUACAAGUUAUUCUAUAAGGAAAUCCGGACGCAAUAUUGGGCCCUCUUGCUUCAGAUUAGAAACUUCACCGGUAACCUCCACAUCGGGAUGUACGGUCACCUGUGGUACAUGUCGACGGAUUUCCAGCUGUUCGUGAUCUCUGUUAUAGUCAUCCAGUUUUUCAAGAAAAAAAUAUGGACGACCAUCAUUGUGUUUGGAAGCCUCUCCCUCAUUGCUUGUUCGAUAUCUGCUUGGCAAGUCUCGAACACAAUUUACACACCCUUCGUUCUUCCGAUGGCAGACAACUUCACGGUCAUGACUGGGACGCUCAACAAGUUCUACACCCACCCGUCGUACCACGGCGUCGCCUUUUUCUUCGGAGCGAUGACGCAGCUGUUCCUGUACAAGUAUCCCUCAGUAAAAAUUAGCAAGAUGUUCCAGGCGGGCAUGUGGCUGAUGAGCGCCGCGUGCGGGCUCACCGCCAUCUUGAUCAUGUACGACUGGAACCGCGGCGAGCACCCACCCGAGUGGGCCAAGCUGUCAUUCGCCUUCUCCGAGCGGCUUCUGUGGUCCGUCUGGCUCUCCUGGCUCACCUUCGCCUGCUCCACCGGCCGGGGAGGCUUCAUCGCCAAGUGGCUGUCGUGGAGUGCUUUCGUUCCCUUUAGUCGACUCUCAUUCGGAGUGUACCUGCUGCACGUGCCAUAUUACUACAUCCGGUUGAACAUCACCAGGGAGAGGAUAUUCUUCUCGCACUACAGCAUGGUGACCCAAUACUUCGGGGCGCUCGUGUCCAGCUACCUGCUCAGCUACAUCCUGUUCGUUGCCUGCGAGGCACCCACGGGCCGCAUCGAGAAGCUGCUGCUCAUGCCCAAGCGGCGGCCGCAGCUGCACGACGAAAAGAGCACCGUCCCUUACGUGGAGGACAAGAGCGACAAGCUUAGCCCGCAGAUGUUGUACAAGCCCAAGGCGGAAACGGGCCCCAACGGCACUGUGGCGCCCCCCGGCCAGUCCAGUUACCUCUGAGCAUAGACUGUGCGCUCAACGCCGCCUCACUGUAUUUAUCAUCCGCCGGCCGGCCCCUCCUUGUCUCGCUGAGCGCGUGUGGUGUUAGUGCACCAGUCAUGUUGGACGUCCGAAGGCUUGGUCACAUGUGUACAGAACUCACUACUAUGAAUGAGGGAGAUUAAAAAAAACAGUUGACGGUAGGUGUUUGUUUUGGGCAGAGAUGACCUUGUGAAGGAAUUUCAGUAAUUGUUUGAUAGCGGUCAAUAGCGCAGACUGGAAUAAAAAAAAAUCAUUUUCUAUUGGGUACAAAUUCGGUUGACGCGAUCCCCUGCCUUCCUCUCAUCUAUUUUUUUCUCUCUCUCUCUGAACAAUUACACACUUCGUUGCCUGUGUGAUUCAUGAUUCACGUUACAAGUUCCUGCCCUUCGGAACACCUUGGAUCUGUCGUUAGGUGCCUUCACACAGUAAUGUCACGUGACGUCACGUAAUGUCAUCAACCAUGAUUGCAUUGUUUGUAUGCUAAGGAACAAUGUCGCGAUGCAGCGCUGAUAUGAACCGUUAGCGAUCUAAAUUUUAUUUCUCCUCUCUCUGGUCAUCUCUCUAGCAUUCUCUAUGAGCGGGCUCUUACCGCGAGGAUUUCUGCAGUAAAUUAUACGUGUACCAGAAAGCGCUGUGUCUCCGCAUGCUGCGGUUACGCGGCAAAACAUUUAAACCGAAGUGUCGCCACAUGCUACAAAUUGUAGCAGCGAUCAUGGGAACUGAUUUUUGCCUUUAUUUGCCUUCAAAUUUAACUAACAUUCAGUUCUCCGCAUACUGAAAACGACAUCGGCUGCAACAUUGCUGUGGUCGUGAGAACGGACCAGAAAGCGUAAAUCUUGGUUGUCAAGGGCAAGUCCUUACACACUUACGUUUUCGUUUCAUUUUGAUGAAGGAAUGGGGUGAACCUGACUUUUUUUCUAUAUAUACAGCGACAAUCGCUUCAAAAUUAUAGCCAUAAUGACACCACAAAUGAUGGCAAGGGUCAUAUAUUCUUUAGAGAGCAAUACAAGCUCUUGAAUAGCAAUUAGGAAAUUACUACAUCCGAGAGGUUUCUGAAGUUUUCAAUGACACUAAGUACGUGAAAAAAAAAUGAAGUAAAAACCACAACGACGAUGACGAGCCCAGGUGUAGCUUUAAUCGCUCUUUUACUAUAAUAUUGAAUUGUUCACUACAACUGCUAGGCAUGUGUAUGUUUGCAUGAUUUCUGGGAAAUAUCACUGUUUAGGUCUUAUUUCCUGCUCUUCAAUACUUUCUGUUCGACGUCGCUUUGCAGGUGGGAAGGAUGGAAGCGCGAUAAAGGGCGGGCUAACCAAUUAAUGCUCAAGAAUGAUGUCGGCUAAGAUCUAGGCGAUAAUGCAUUCAAACUGUAUAUAUUCGUGACCGCAGCUGCCAUAUUUAUCUUGUGGCCAUCUUGCGUUCACCAAUGCUAGUUCAUGUUCUCGGCUGUGUUGCACAGCCGUAGUGUAUUAUUGUUCACCUCCAGUUCCCGCGUGGUAUAUGUUCAUGUAGCGAUGUUCACAAUAUUUGUGGAAUAAAGUGUUGUUUGUUUUA